AAUGGCUUCAAGAUAACUCCUGAAAAGAUAUUCCAGGAACUUGCCACUUUUGAUGUUUCAGAUGCUUUUGGGACUGGAAAGGAUGAUGGACAUUUUUGGUGGCCAGGUCUGGGUUCUCAGAGGAAACGACGCUCAUCAGUUUUUUCAUGGCAUUGGGAUAUUACCAAGGAUGCUAGGUUUGCUUUCACAGAGACAGGAUUGGUUGUGAUGACAGAUGUGGUAAGUCUAAAUUACAGACAGAGCGAUGGAAUGUACACAGAUGAGGCAGUUCCAGCUUUCCAGCCGCACACAGGAACACUGGUGACAUCGUCUCAUAACAGAGUAGCACCCCGAUUUGAGAGAAGAAAAAGGACUUUCUUUCCUGAAACCCUGGUCUGGCACUGCUUCAAUGUCAGUGAUACUUCUGGUGAGACUGAACUGCAUAUAGAGGUCCCAGACUCUAUAACUACAUGGGUAACAGAGGCCAUUGGUAUGUCUGAAGAAACAGGACUUGGAGUUGCCAGAUCAGCAUAUCUGAAAACAUUCAAAUCAUUCUUCAUUGAUUUCACACUGCCAUACCAUGUGAUAAGAGGGGAGCAAGUCAAAAUU